AUAUAAAAGACAUUAAAGGGGGGAGCUCUGCUUUAAGUCCAGUCUUGCAUUCGGUCUGGUUCAUCCCCCCGCUGUCUUCUUUGCACAGAACCCGGCCGGCUCCAUCAUGCUGCUUCCAGCGCUGACUCUGCUUCUCUGCUUGGCUCAGCAAACUCUGCAGGGCGGAGUUAAACCGCAAAGUGUGGCUUAUGGGAGACCCCUGGCUGCUGGAGUCAAUGGGGCACUUGGAGCACUCGGGAGCAGAUAUGGAACCAAAGCAAUGAAGACUGGAAUUGGGCGUUAUCCUGCAGCUCACCUUGGCACAGGAGGAUACAGGAAUCUUGGGUUAGGAGGAAGAGGCGCGAUGAGACAGGGUGGAUAUGGAGCCAUGCAGGGAGGAUAUGGAGCCAUGCAGGGAGGAUAUGGAGCCCGGGGAGCCUAUGGAGCCGGUAUGGGGACAGGAAUGGGCCUGGGACCUGGAUUUGCAAACGGACUGGGAAUUAACUUGGGCCAAGGAGGGAAACGCGGAUAUGGCGCCGGCCUUGGCGCUCUUCCAGGAUAUGGAGGUUUUGGAGGAGCUGGCUAUCCUGUCUCUCGUCCAGGUGUGUCGGCAGCAGGAAAUGGUGGACCUGAUGUGGCCGGUCUGGGCCAAGCUGCUCCAGAUCUUAAGAGAGAAAAGAGCACAGCUGUAGGAAACCAGUUCGGCGAUAAAGACAGAAAAAUUGGACCUGAAAUGCCCGGCAUGAGGAGGACCGGUGUUCUCGGUCCCAAUCCUCCUGAGUCACAUUCAGGACUCGAGGUCAAACGCCUCGAUCCGCUCAUUCGGUCUUCAGAUCUUAGACCUGCGGCUCCGCUUGACACACAGCUGGGGAUGCUUGGUCUAGAUGUUUCAGGAGCUCACGGGGUAGGGCCCCUUGGGGCUUUGGUCCCUCGAAGAAAGGGGACAUUAGGUCCUGAAGCCACUCCAGCUCCAGGAGGCAGAAGAGGGCAACUCCCUUUAAGCAAAGACAACAUCAGAACUCUGGGUUCUGCCUAUUCACGGGUACACAGUGCCAAAGACUUUGACCCAUCCAUCCAGCAAAUUCCUAAAGCUAAAAACUGCGGAUCCCCUUUGUCUGAAGUAUUGCAGCAAAAGGAGGGAACUUAUCGACCUCUGACAAAAGACCCCAGAGGCAAUGUCUUCUCUGUUCAGGGGCAGGGAAGCAGAGAUUAUCUACCUUCUCUGGCAGACAGGCAGGAUGCCAAAGGACCACUGGCUAAAAACAAAAACGGUCCAACUGAAACUCAAGGUUGGGACUUUGCUUUAGUUGGAAAAGAGCGUGAUGCUCAUGGCUUUACUGGCGAGGAGGCGAGGCGCCUUUCACAAGCUGAAAGGAUAGAAAGAAAACCAAAAGCUCUCCCUAUCCCAGGACAGGCUGAGAGGAGAACACAGGCAGCAAGUUAUCCGGCUGGAGCAGGAAACUACCUGGGAGCCAGUGUGGGAGCUGGAGGCUACGGAGCAGGUCUGGGGCAGGGGGCUUACCUGGGAGGUGCAGCUGGAAAACAUGGAGGUUAUGGUGACGGAUUAACCGGAUACCUUGGUGCGGUGGCAGGGAAUGGUUUUGGUGGAGAUGCUGGAAAGACUUUGUCUGCAGGUUACGGGAACGGAUUCGGAAACGGUUAUGGCACUGGGCUUGAUUACCCUGCAGAGUUAGCUGUUGGUGCUGAGUACAAAGCAGGAAAGAGUAAAGCGCUGGGCAACGGAGGUUAUGCUGCACCGGUUCAGGGGGCCUUUGGAGCUCUCGGGGCAGGGCUGGAGUCAGCUGGUGGAAAAUACGCAGGAGGAGCAGCUGCUCCGGCUCAUUAUGGAAAUGCUCCGGUGAUUCCUGCUGCUCUGGAGGGUGACGCCGGAUACCCGUAUGCUGCUCAGCAGCUCGGCCUCGCAGCUGAAGGGACCAAAACCGCCAGCAAAUAUGGAGCCACUGAAGGAUUUGGAGCUCAGCAAGCAGGUUUUGGCGUGCAGCUCGGAGCAGCUCAAGAGGCCUUGGGGCAGCAGCAGAGCAAAUAUGGAGGAGUGAAUGGCGGGCUGGGUAAUGGUUACAAAGGCUGAACUCAAAGGAGUGGACCUCUUGACGUGAUCAACAGCCCAGUGUGAUGCUUUUUACCUGUUCGUAUGUGUUUUAGUCUAGUUUGUCUUUGUCUUUUUAGCUUGUAUUUCUUUGUACGUCCAUGUUUGACACCAUUUUUGUUGUUUGCUAAAAGAAAAGAAUGAAUUUAAAUCCUCUGGUGCCCCACCGGCUCUUUUCUGUCAGAGCAGGUGGUGAUUUUUGAACAGAAAUGAAGACACGAAUGGAAAAAAAAAGUUUGUCAUUAUUGUCAUUUUCUGUUCUGAACCAAUAAAUUAAAUUACAAAAUUAUGUUAGACCAGUGGUGUCACAGUUUUCAUGAAGAUGCAACCCUGUGUUUGUCAUAAACAGUAAAAAAA